AUGAUUUCUGAUGAAAAAAAAGAUCCUCCAGAAAAGUAUGAAAUUCUUCAUGGAUUAAAAUCACUACUCAGCGAUGCUCCAAUGAUUGAGAUAGCCGUAUUCGACGAAGAUUUGGCUGAAAAUGUAUUUCAGUCAUGGUUAAAACGUGAUCAUCGAUGUCUUACUUCACUUCAAAUGAAUUGGUUACAGCCAAAACUUCAGUCUCGUACUGUUUACACUGGAUUGUUUACUACGGAAUCGGAACCUACCCCAUUGUUUCUAUCCUUGAUAUACGAUAUGACGCUUACAUGGCAUUCUUAUGAUGAAAAUUCCGACGAAGCUUUCUUAAAUAUAAAAACAACGAAUGAUGCCAUAGACUAUUUGUAUUCUCAAUUAUCGAAGAAGCACAACGAAGUGUUUUUUAAACGAGCGAUGGCUUAUCUUCAACAAGGAGGUGGUCUCACUGAGAUCGAACUCGAAGAUAUGUUGAGUGCGGAUAAUAGAGUUCUUCAAGCUAUAUUUGUCCACUAUCUUCCACCAGUAAACAUCUUUCGAAUACCGAGUACUCUAUGGAUUCGUAUCCGCAACGAAAUGCAAAAAUACUUCGUGGAAAAAGAUGUUGAUAAUGCCUCUGUUAUCUAUUUGUGA